AUGGAAACUGGUAGGUGCAUAGUGUCUGCCGUGACGAUGCCGGUGAGGGCUUGGAGGGAGAUUUCGACGUCGUCGUCAGAACUUGGGUCAUCUUCCACCGCACCGCCGACCAGAGCACCUGGCCAACAUGUGAAGGAACUGCCCCUGGUGAGCGCAACUUCAUAUGGGCGCCGAGGGAGUUGCUGUGCACCGGGGGCCAAAACGGUGUUGCGCCCGCUGAUUGGUUGCCACUGUCAAGUGGCUCUGGUCGCCCUUCAUUGUUGCCAUUUCAUCCUUGAUGAAGGAGAAAUCAGCGAAGAGCUUGUCCAUCGUGGACUUGAAGUCCACGGCGGUGAUGGAGUCGGCCAUGAACAGGAGAUUCCUAUUGCUUAUGUUUGUGAGACAUUUAAGGUCGCCAGAGGUAUGAUUCAGGCGCUGCAGGAAAAUGCUGGCAGGUUUGCUUCAAUGGUUUCUGCAUUUUGUCAAAGACUUGGUUGGAAUGAUUUAGAAGGCCUUGUUUCGAAAUUCCAAAAUCGUGUCUCUUUUGGAGUUAGGGCAGAGAUUGCAGAACUGACAUCAAUUCCAUUUGUCAAGGGCUCACGUGCAAGGGCUUUGUACAAGUAUGGUCUGUGUACUCCUGUUGCCAUUGCUGAAGCAUCUAUUCCUGAAAUUGCAAAAGCUCUUUUUGAAUCUUCUGGUUGGUCUGGGCAAGACUCUGGUUUACGACGAAUGCAAUUUGGUAUAGCCAAGAAAAUAAAAAAUGGAGCUCGCAAAAUUGUCCUAGAGGAGGCAGAAGCCGCCAGAGUAGCAGCAUUCUCAGCUUUCAAGUCACUUGGUGUGGAAGUUCCUCAGUUCACUGCACCUCCACUUGCAGCUAUUGAGGACUAUCCAACUCGAGAUACCAUAGACCAAGCUAAGUCCAACAAGCUAGCUUUUGGUACCCAUGCUAGAGAUGAUAAAAAUAAGAAUAACUGCUCUGAUUAUGCUACCCCAAGGGCUUCUACAUACAGUUUAAGAAAGGACGCAAACCCUGCUCAUUCCAUUCAAAUGAAAGAGAAUGCAGAACUAUCUAAAAAUGUGAAAAUCACUAGAAAGGGAGCAGCAGCAUCUUUGUCAACAGAAAUUGCUGAUGGAUUGAGUAGCUCUGUCUACAAUGGAUUGGAUACAUGUCUGCUAGCGUGGGUUCUAUGGCCUGAUGAGGAAAGCAGAACGGUACCAAAUCUUGAGAAGUUUGUCAAGAGACGACUUCAUAGUGAAGCUGCUGCUGCUGCAAAUCGCGAUGGAAGAUGGAGAAAUCAGAUGCACAAAGCAGCACACAAUGGAUGCUGUAGACGUGCUGCACAGACACGAGCUUUGUAUACUGUUCUGAAGAAAUUACUUACUCAAAAUCUUUCUGAUUUGGUUGAAACAAUUGAGGCCCCAUUGAUUAAUGUUCUUGCUGAUAUGGAACUUUGGGGAAUUGGCGCUGACAUGGAUGCUUGUCUCCGUGCGAGGCAUAUUAUAACAAAAAAGCUGAAGGAACUAGAGAAAGAAGCCUACAGAUUAGCAGGCAAGAAUUUCUCUCUAAAUGCUACUGCUGAUAUCGCAGACAUUCUAUAUACACACCUAAAAUUGCCAGUUCCAAAAGGCUGUGAGAAAGGGAAGCUGCAUCCUAGCACUGACAAGCAGUCUUUGGACCAUCUGAGGGAUCAACACCCAAUUAUCCCAACAUCAACUGCCACUGGCCGUUUGUCCAUGGAGGAGCCAAAUCUGCAGGAGAACUGGUUAUUCGUAACUGCUGAUUACUCACAGAUUGAGUUGCGUUUAAUGGCUCACUUUUCUAAAGAUCCUACGUUGGUUGAACUUCUAAGUAAACCUGAUGGUGACGUUUUUACCAUGAUUGCUUCAAGAUGGGCUGAGAAAGAAGAGGCCUUGAUAUCUUCCAAAGAGAGAGAAAACACUAAAAGAUUCAUAUACGGCAUACCUUACGGAAUGGGUGCAAACUCCCUUGCAGAACAACUUGAGUGCAGCACUGAAGAAGCUGCACAGAAGAUUCAAAGCUUUAGGAGACUUUUUCCUGGUGUUUCCUCAUGGUUACAUGAAGUUGUGUUAUCUUAUCGCCAAAAAGUGUUAGUCUACUUGGUAGCAAUUUCUGUUUAG